AAAGAGAUUCGAAUCCUCAAACUACAACUCAGGAUGGUAUACUUCUGAACCCUGUAACAGAUGUGGAGAAAGUUCAACUUUACACUCCCGAACAACUAAUAUUGAUAAAUAUUGUGACAAUCCAAGAAGAAGGAGAUCCUGAUUGGAGAAUGGAUAUCCAUUGUUACUUUUGUAAAAGAGCAACUAAAUUAAAAGACCUCUUACCUUUUAAUAUUAAUAACAAUAAGUAUGAAAGAUGUAGAGGAUGUCAAAAGAAAGGUAAAGAACAUACCCCUGAAAGAGAAAAAUUGCAUGAAUUAAGAAAGUCUCAGAUAAAAAAAAGAGAGAGAACACAAAGUUCUAAACCAAUGAUGAUAAAAAGAACAAAAACCAACCCCCCUGAAAUAAAGAAUGUUUAUGCUAAUGGGCUAACUUAUAACCCGGAAAGAA